CUUCGCCGUCACGUGGUAUAGAGCCACGCCCCCGGCGGGUUGCGCACGCGUGCUAAGGGGUUCACGUCGGCGUAAUGUCUUCAGCGGAAAAUGCGUGCGGCCUGGAGCUGGAGGCUGGGGUUUUGGUGUCAGGGCCUGCGGCCGGGGAUGUGACAGGCUGAGGCAGCAACUCAGACGCCGUGUGUACAGUUUCGUUUUCCAUCGUCCAGAAAAUGGCAGCGCGGAAGCGGAAAGCGGCCCGGAGUGCAGAGCGUGGGUCAAGUCGUGAAUCAACAAGAGGUGGACCUUCAACCAAAAAGCAACGUUUGGCUGAAAAAAUGACAACAUCUGGAUUUAGAGAGUGUGCAAAGCAGUCAGCUGUUCAAUUGCAGAGGGCCUCCACUAAAAAAGAAGCUUUGAAAUUGCUUAAAGGAACUGUUAAAGCAAACACAUCAUCAGCAAAAAUAACUGCAAAACGCAAGGGGAAAGGCACAAAACUGAUCACUAAUAAAAAUGAAAGAAUGGCUCCUUUGAAGAAGAAAUCUACAAAAGCUUUGAUUAAAAAAUGUGCAUUACUGAAGUCUUCCCAUCAAAAGAAAACUGUAGUUCCCCCAGUAUCAAGGAGGAGAUCUUGCAAUUUACAGCUUGAAAGUAAAACCAGAGAAAAACAAAUGCGCACAAAAACUGUAUGUAAAUCUAUGCCAGUGAAAGUUUCACAGAAGUUGCCUCAGAGUAAUCGAGCUUCGCAGUCACAACUUUCUCAAAAAGAUCUGCGUAUUUCCAAAGAGGCCACCUUUAAAAAGCUUCCUUUAAAAAUGUCCUCAAAAACUUGUUCUCAGAAAAACGUUCCACGAAAGUCAAGCAAAUCAUCUAAAACAAAAUCUCUUCAAAUGGUUGUAAAUACUGUAAAAGCUGCAACAAACAAAUUACAGUCAAAGAAAAAUGUUCAAGGUCAACUGAAGUCAACCAUGAGGGUAUCCGAAAUGAGCCCUGCAAAGAAAGGUCUAAAAUCUUCGUCAGUAACUGCUAGGACCUCUGUGAAGCAGCCUAACAAUAACACAGUUAAAACUGUGGCUUGCAAGAGUAAUCGUGCUAAACAAUUAACCUCACGUAAAGCUUCUGAAACAGUGGUAAAAAAAGUUUCUAAGAAAACUUCUGUGAAGACACAGAUUAGCACAAAAUCUGCAAAGAAGCUUCAGCAAAAAAAGACAAUAAGAUUAAAAUCAUCACAGCAUCACUCCACUGGUAAGGAUAAGCUUGAGCUCAAACUAGAGGUAAAACCUCAAAAUAGGUCUGGUCAAAAGCAUACAAAAGAAAAUGCUCCACAGGUAGUAAAACGAUCUGAGGCUAACCAAAUACUGAUCAAAAGGCCAACUAGAUCAUCUCAGAGACUGAAUCCAAGCCCUUUGUCAACAAAAUCAUCCUUUACCAUAGACAGCAAGGCCAGUGUAUUUCCUGCUCAAAGAAAACUGAGAAAAAGGGCAUUUAGUGAUUUCUGUUCUAAAAGUCCUGAAAAUACUUUGCCGAUGCAAAAACAAGUUAAAGUAGAAAGUAAGCUUGGAAGAACAAAGCAGGACAAAGUUAUGAAAACUCCAAAAGAGAGGGCUUCCAAUGAUGCAGGAACAAAAUUAGAUGGUAAAUUUGGGAGAAAACCUCCAGCAGCAAAAGCUUCAAUUCCCAAAGAACAAAGCACACGAGUUGUCAAAACAGUGGCAUGUAUUGCAGGUGAAAGAAAGAUUAAUCUGGGCAACAAAGAAAAUCCUUCAAUUAAUAAGACUUCAACUGUUUCAGAAGUUCCUCAAGAAAAGACUCUAUCUGGAAAGCCAGUUCCUCAAGACCUAUCUGAAACAAAAAUCAGAAAAGGUGCUUCACAAACAAGAUUGCAAAAAAAUGGGAAAAACUUGGAAGAUCAGGUUCAGAAAUCGGCCACAGCAAAUUGUAGUAUCAAAGAUAUGAAGGGAAAAAGUGGAGUGAAACCGCCUGUAAAGAAACAAAACAAAUCUAUGAAUAAUGUUGCGCAAAAUAAGAAAAAGCCCAAUAAUUCUCUGAAAGAGCACCUACAAGAUUCAAAACGAUCAGAAAUUAUUUGUAAAGCUAACAAUGCAGUUUCUACUCCAAACUCAGGUAUGGAAAUCCCAUGUCUGCAAACUGAAAAUGAUGCAAAGUGUAAACGUCAAAGUAUUCUUGAGCUAUGUGAAGAAAUUGCAGAAGAGAUAGCUUCUGACACUCUUGAUCUUUCAGUAAAAAAGGAAUCUGCACAGACAGAAGAUGAAAAUAUUCAAAAAGAACCAGAAGCCAUAAUCGCUGAAGAUAUUCAGAAAACCAAACUGGCAAAGCCAAUUUAUUCCAGCCUAAACAGAUUUCAGUUUUCAGGACAAAAAUGUGUGAAACGUAAACUUGUUCAGCAUAAUAAAUACAUAACUACAAGAUAUAGUUUACAUAAGGGAGGGAACAGUUGGACCAGAAUUAAGCAAAUUAAAACUGAUCAGAAAAAACUAACCACCAUCAAUUCUACCUAUAAUAAGUUUAGAAAUUUGCAGGUUAGGCAAGCUGUUUCACAAGUAGUAGUUCGAACAAUUAGGAAGGUUGAGAAAGUGAAACUGCCAAACGGAGUGCCUGUACCGACCAAAGAAGAAAGUGUUAUCACGUAUGAGCGACAUAAAUCAAAAACUGUUACUUCUCAAGUGGAAGUUGGGAAAUCCACCAAUAGCGAUCAUAAAUCGUCCGAAAACAGUACACCUGAAGAAAUAACAAAACUAGCAAAGUUGUUUGACAAAAAAGAGGAUGAGACAGAGAUGCCAAAAAUGGAAACUGAAUCUGAAGCUGAUGAGAGUUUUAGGUUACAUUUGGAGUCGAGUCCUGAAUGUAGUCCAGAAAAGAGCUGUGCCACUGCAUUACUAAUGAAACCAGUUAAAGAGCAAUUGGAAAAUGGGUCAGAAGGAUCAUUACUGAAGGAAACUGUACGGACUCUCUUUAGUAAUCCUGAUUCAUCGAGGAUGAAUGAAAGGUACUUAGUAGAGCGAGAACAUGUCCUCCAUCUUUUGGAACGGACAAUCCUGUUUAUCUCAGCAAUAGACUUUCAAAGCUAUAGUGUAUCUUUGUCUAAUCAGCCAACCGUAGUGAAGAACACUGCAGAUCCCUCUGAACUUUCCGUACAGAAAGAAACUAAACCAGUUAUCAGCACAGAAGGAGGUGGACUUCAACCAAACAUUGAUGCUGGACAGAAAAGAAUCGGAGCUAUUUCUUGCACCACAUGUGGAAUGUUGUAUGCAGCUUCUAUUCCAGAAGAUGAAGCUCAGCACUUUCAGUUUCACAAACGUUUUAUUAGUGCUGUAAAAUACGUGGGCUGGAAGAAGGAGCGAAUUUUAGGUGAAUAUCCUGACGGUAAAAUCAUAAUGGUUCUUCCUGAUGAUCCAAAAUAUGCCUUAAAAAAGGUUGAAGAGAUUCGAGAAGUUGUUGAUAAUGACCUUGGGUUUCAGCCAGCAGAAUUGAAGUGUCCUUCCAGGACAAAGACACUUCUUUUUAUCUCUAAUGAACGGAAAGUAGUUGGCUGUUUAAUUGCAGAACACAUACAGCAGGGCUUUAGAGUUAUAGCAGAUAAAGCCAUUCAGCAAUCAUCAAAUGAUGCAAUUAUGCUUGAACGCCAACGAGCAUGGUGUUGUUCAACUAAUCCAGAGCCUGCAAUCUGUGGAAUAAGUAGGGUAUGGGUCUUCAGUAUGAUGCGUCGGAAGGCAAUUGCAACAAGAAUGACUGACUGCCUUAGGAGCAGUUUUGUAUAUGGGUCGUAUUUGAGUAAAGAUGAGAUUGCAUUCUCAGAUCCUACUCCAGAUGGCAAACUCUUUGCAACACAGUAUUGUGGAACACCCAGAUUCCUUGUAUACAACUUUGUCAGCUAACCUCUCUCAGAUUGAUAUGAGACUUUGCAAUUAUUGGUGACAGUGACUUAAUACAGCCUUCAACAAUUGGUAUAAUUGUGUGCAAACUCUUCACAAAUGUGACCCAUGUUUUUGGGAGCUAGACUGAAGGAACUGUAUUGCUUUUUAUUACUGUGAACUCAGGACUGAUUGCAACCAAAUGGUUGCUUUUAUAUUUUAGAAAACUGGAAUGGAUGCAGUAACAUUGGAAAUUCUGUUUUUUAUUUUAAACUGAAAUAGUUUAACUCUUUCAGAAAAGCAUGCCUUUUAGUUCAUUCAUGUUUACAGAUUUUAGGAUGUUUUAUGUAAGGCAGGCAAAUCAUUAACUGUAAAAAUGUUGAAAACUGGUUAUACAAUGUACAUAAAAUAUGCUAUAAAACUAAGAGACAAUUAGCGUUGGUGUUUCUAAACGGUUCUAUGACUUCCUUAGUUUGUAUAUACCUGUACAGCAAACAAUCAAAUUUGAAUGUGUUUUUCCUUUGGGAGAAUGAAGUGAGUGGUCUGAUAUCUAGUUUAUUGUGUUAGGUGAUACUGGAACUUUCCUAGUUUGAUUCAGGGAUAUUGGACCGCUGCACUAAAAACUCUGCUUUUGAGGUUAUCUGAUUAGUUGCAUAUUUUAUCAAACUAUUAAAAUCUUGCUAUUGGUUUUGCUCUGGAAAUAUCCAGUUGUCAUUGUUCAAAAUGUAAUACCUCAUUUAGUAUUGAUGUUAAACCACUGCAAUAUUAGGUGUCCAAGCUAAAAGAAAAUGGGCACCUUGUAUUCAUGUCUUGACUCUGGUUUUGAAAAGAUUUGUGUAAUCUACUUAGAGUAGCAUAUAUAAAUCUGAUUGUGCCUUUUUCAGCGUAGGUCAAACUUUGGGAUUGAAUGCAAUGGUUUCAACUGGUCUAACUCUCUAUUGGAUAACUACAGUAACUUUUAUAGGCUUUAUUUUAAAACUCUGAAGGGAGAACCAGUGCAAUUCAAUACAAUAAGAUCUGUAAGCAAGCUCUAUUUCUGUAAAACAAAUGGUUGAAAGGCUAUGACCAACCUGUGUGAUAAAUACUGCAGCAAAAUUUACAGAAGACUGUUCGAUUUCUUACCACCACUUCCAUACUGUUUAUUUUUGAUCUGUAAUGUUGAGCCUACAUUUUUGAUUUGUGAUGGAGAGAACCAUCAGAUAUGAAGGCAAGAGGCUGAAGAACUGGUCUUUUUAAAUUUCUGUUAUGUUAAAUGAUGAAUGGUUUCACCAAAAGUAAACAAUCCUAAACAACAAUUAGGAUUACGCUUUAAAAAGUAUAUAAGUAAUCUAGUCUGGAUAUGUCACAAAUCAGUCUAUUUAUCUUGUCUAUUGUAUUUGUAGUUGGAUCAUGUGAUGGUUUUCAAACUAUAAAUUUCAGGGUAAAAUUGAAAUGCUCCACAUCCAAGAUCUAAUUUGUAAAUUCAAUUUGUAUUUUUGAACCUGCUGAGCUUUAUAUAGCUUACAAAUAUUUAACAUGUAUUCAUCAAGGGCAGAUAGUUGGGAUGUUUCUCCACAGUCAGAUUGUGCCAAGAUUUGAUUGAGCCAGUAAUCCUUUGGAGGUCCCUAGUUAAGCCAUAAUGUGUAAAAUCCCAAGGUAUUGAAUGAAUGACUCCUGGACUGUUUGUAUUUAUGCACUUCUCUUAACCUGGGUCAUUUGGAUAUAAGAAAGAAAACGUUCUUGUGUUGCUUGAACUUAAAAUGAUUUUUGUUGCAGGUUAUGAUGAUUAGGUAUGUUUAAAUUAAAAUAUUGUUUAAACUAUAGUUAAGGUUAAUUUUUAACAAUGUUUGAAGAUGAAAUUAGAAAUAUAUAUGUCAGAAUGCUUGGGAUUUAAAGAAGCAUUUUAAUGUGAACGGUUUUAAUAUGGCUUCGUUUUUACUAAAAAAUACUUAUUUAUCCUAUUUACUGCAAUCCAAAACCUCAGUACAAUAAAAUCUGAUCAGUAAUUAACAAAAGAAGUAGUUCUAGAACCUAUCAUAUACCCAGUCAUCUUUUCAGUUGCCCAAGUUCAGGAUGGUUUAAAGUUUACCUCGUAUAAUCUAAUGAUUUGUAAAUAAGUAUAGAAUUAUCAAGUUGGGAACAGCGGGAUGCAGAAGGUUACCAAAGUCCUGAAGAUGCAAUUCUAAAGCUGAAGGCAAGUUAGAUGACAUCUUUUUAUUAUCUAUUGCCUUUCAGGAUCCCACUGCUCCCAGGGUGGUAUUUCUGUUUAUACCAUAAUGGUACAAUGUGUUUUUUUUUACAAACAGUUAAAUGCUGCAGAAUGUCAUGUGGCCUAAGGUCAUAUGCUAGCAUCAGUAUUGCUUACAGGUUAUCACAUAACCCUCUGCAAUUCAUAUGUGGUAUGAAUCUGUACACAAUAUUGUAUGUUAUCAGUUUAGAUCUGUUUUGACUGGGAGGAGGCUAAAAUUGUUAAUGUUAUGAUCACACUCAACCUAGUAAUAUAUAUGCACUAGAUAUUAAAUGGACCAAAUGCAGAUGGGUUGAAGUUAACUUUCUGGACUGACUUUUUUUUUCUUUAAUUCUGAAACUAUUUAAAAGCAAAUCAUAUGAGCUAUAUUUGCAUUUAAACAAUUGCUUAAACGGGUAACUUGGAAAUCUACGGUUUUAAGACACUGUGUACAACUGAAUACUAACAAUGUUUGAAAAAGUAAACCUUUUUUAGUGAAUACGUUAAUUUUAUAUUGUCUUUUAUGGAACUAAUUUUGAAGGUUACUGCACAUUGUUUAAUAAUUUGAGUGUAAAAAUACAGGCCCCUCCCUACAAGUUGUAGCUGAUACCAUUCUUGUGCAUUGUUAUCUUGGUCAACUUUAUCUUGUGAUUUAGUCACAUGCCUGUUCUGUGUUUUUCUGAAAAGAAAUGACAAUUACAAUGCAUCCCAUUGGAAGAUA